GUACUCCAAGAUGUAUGACCCCGCCAACUGGCUGGAGAUUGACCCGGUUAACGGUCGGAUUUCCACCAUCGCCAUCCUUGACCGAGAGUCUCCCUACGUCAAGAACAACCUGUUACAAUGUCCCUUCAUGGCUUCUGAUAAUGGUAUUCCACCUGCCAGUGGGACAGGCACCCUUCAGAUGUAUCUGCUGGACAUUAAUGACAAUGCACCUCACGUGUUCCCCCCUGAGGUAGAAAUGUGUGAGAAGCCAGAUCCCAAUGCCGUUAACAUCACAGCCAGUGACCCUGACCUGACCCCUAACGCUGGACCCUUUGCCUUUGAGCUGGCCAAUCGUCCAUCAGAUGUACGCCGCAACUGGACACUCAGUCGUGUCAAUGGUGAGUAUGCUCAGCUUCGACUGCAGAUCAGCUCCUUGGCCAGCGGGAUCUAUGAGGUUCCGAUCAUGAUCACAGACUCUGGCAACCUCCCGAUGUCCAACACAUCCUACCUGAAGGUAAAGGUCUGUCAGUGUGAUCACCAUGGGGACUGUGUGGACAUGGAGCGAAUCAUUGCCGCAGGACUGGGCACUGGAGCCAUCAUUGCCAUCCUCAUCUGUAUCAUCAUACUGCUAGUGCUGGUGCUGGUCUUUGUGAUGUGGAUGAAGAGGAGGGAUAAAGAGCGUCAGGCCAAGCAGCUCCUCAUUGACCCAGAGGAUGAUGUCCGAGACAAUAUCCUCAAAUAUGACGAGGAGGGAGGUGGAGAGGAGGACCAGGACUACGAUCUGAGUCAGCUGCAGCAGCCAGAUGCCCUGGAGCCAGAAUGUAUCAAAGUGGGGAUCCGACGUCUGGAUGAAAGGCCUCUCCAUCAUGACCACCAGUACCCCCUCCGCUCUGCUGCCCCCCACCCAGGAGACAUAGGAGAUUUUAUCCAUGAGGGCCUGAAGGCAGCAGAUAAUGACCCCACUGCUCCCCCGUAUGACUCCCUGCUGGUGUUUGACUAUGAGGGCAGCGGCUCCACUGCCGGUUCCCUCAGUUCCCUGCACUCCUCCUCAAGCUGUGGAGACCAGGACUACGACUACCUCGGCGACUGGGGGCCACGCUUCCGCAAGCUGGCCGACCUGUAUGGCGGAGGAGAUGAUUAGCACACUCAACCCCGACCAACAACAACCGCCCCACCCCACCCGUGCUCCUUCGCUCAGGUGUGGGUGGGGUCAAGGAAAGAGGAUAUGGGGUUAACGCGGGGUUUGGAACACUUCUGUAUUACCACGGGACAGUUUGUAAAGAGACUCGCUGCCUCUUAAGGACAGUUGAUGACACUAGGGACCAUGCUGACUCCUGGCCUAGCAGGGUCUGGCAGCAGGGAGGAUUCAGGCUAAUAGACAUUAUCAUCUGAGCAUUAGCCCCUGAGCUAACAAAUGUGAGCAGCCAGAACAUUGUGCUCAGAGGAGAUGUUGUCUCUGUGAUGGUUACGAGCUACGACAGCCAUGCUACAGACGCUCAUUUACACUUGAAUCUCACAGUACAGGAGCACUGGGGUCAAAUGUGCCUUUUUGUACAUUCUUUUGAUUGUGUUGGGUCUUGAUUCUGUACGUUGUUGCUUUAAAGCUCCUGGUGUUUUGCAACAGCAACUUGAGGAGCACCCUGCCAUGACAGUGAGUGCAUGUGUGUGUGUUUGGGUUCCACCCCAUUAUCUGUGUGUGUGAGAGUGUGAGUCAUUUCUACAGAGACACACUGGAUGGACACUCUAAAGGGCAAAGCCUAUUAUGAGACGCCUUGGAUGAUCCUACCAGCAAAUACAUGGCUCUACUGUACAGCUCUGGGUAUUAAAGGUUUUUCCAUCUGACUCAGUCAGAAGUCCCAGUAUGUGACAGUGUGUAGGUCUUAAUCAGUCUCAGAGGUUAGAAUCAAGUCUUCAGAUUUAAAUUUGAGAUGACCAAGUUUAGCUUUUUACUGAGUAAACACACAGUACUGAUCCUUGAGGUGACAUCCUCCACUGGCCAGCAGCUUAAUCACAUUGCAUAUACGACACAGUGGAGGUCAUGUGAUUCCUUUCUGAAGCACAUGUGUGUAAUGCUUAAAUGGCAAAGCGUUAACAAAGCUGACCAAUAUCAGAAGUUUUAAUUUCCUCCCUGCUGUCCUACACUGAUUUUCCUCUGCAAACUAUCAUCAUUCAACACUGCAUCACACCAAAGCCUCGAAUGAACUGCUAUGGUUUUUUGUAGAACAGUUAAAAUUUUGUGGUUAUGUCCUUGCUGUGCUUUCAAAAAUGGUAACAUUAAAUGGCGUGUAGCCAAGCUUAUUUGCAGGAUGACAAAAUACAGAAGCAAAGUGGUGAAAAUCAUGGUGAUGAAAUAUAAUUUCCAUUUAUGUGUUUGUGCAGAUGAAAGAGAGGAGAAAGCAAAAAGAGCAACAAAGAAUCAAGGCCACCAGCAAAGAAAACACAAUUUAAAAACAGAUCUAUGAAAUGACAAAUAAAUUCCCUUCAUGAAGAAAAUUAAAUGACAGAGAAAAAAGCAGGAUUGAUAUAUGUCUGGUGUAGGCUCAGGUGACAUGUUCUGGAUGGAGUUUGUUUUUUCACGUCUGUUUGAUGAGGGUGGCACGGUGGUACAGUGGUUAGAAGGUUCCGGGUUCAAACUUUGGUUCACUUUUCUUGUGUGUAGUCUGCACGUUCUCCCUGUGUGGGUUCGUUCCAGGUUACCAGCUUCUUCCCACAGUCCAAAGACAUGCAGGUUAAUUUGUGUCCGCAGGUGUGAAUGUGAAUGGUUGUUUGUCUCUAUAUGUCCCCCUUGUGAUAGACUACUGAUCUGUCCAGGGUGUACCCUGCUUCUCGCUCAGUGUCAGCUGAGAUUGGCUCCAGGCCUCUGUAAAGUCUGGAUGUGCAGCAUCUGUACUCCUGUUGAUACAUCUUUCAAACAGACAAACAUGAAUUUCAGGAAUUAUGUUGAUAUAACUUCACUUAUGUUGCUUCUUGUAGUUAAACAGUUGCAGAUCAUCUCUGUCUGUAGAAACCUUGUAUGUCCAAACAUUGUGACUGGGCUUUAAUGGCCUAGGCCUGACCACUUGUACAACUGGCCCAUCCUAAGUGACUGGGAGAACAUAUAAUUUUCUUAACUUUUAUUUUUGAUUAUUAAAAUUUAAAUUUAAAUUAUAGUACACAAAAACUUAAAACCAGUUUCCCUUUCAAAAAACUGAAAAACAACAUUUAUUAGACUACAACCAAGUCUGGAACAGUCACAACAGGUAAUUUCAUUCAUCAUGAAGAGACAUUCACUGUCUAAUUUCAAACCUGCUCGUGAUCUGCCAUGAGAGCAGAGCCUGUUUGUGUUGAGAUAAGUUAUGAAUUGACAGCUCUGUGUGCAGCUCUCUCUAUUGUUAAAAGUCAAGCUAGCUCACUCAGCAGUCAAUGUGUCUCUCUUUCCCUGCAAGUCAUCUUAAAGAAAAAAUAAUCCGGCCAGAUGAUCCAAAUGAGAUGGUAUGUCCUUAAAUAGAAUUUAAAUGUCAGUGGUCUACGCAGUACACAGCAAAAAUAACACAAAACAAUAAUGUAUUCUUUGUGUUUUAGUGUCACUACCAGCUGGAAUCCAUUAGAGGGAGACAAACAGCAUGAACCUCUGCACUAAUAAAGGCCCAGCCGAAAUUGAAAUACUGGCACCGUGUCUGGUCCAAAACUGCAAUGGGGAAAAAAAAAAAGUUGUUUUUUUUUUUUAAACAAUUGUACACUGUGAGAUUUAGUGACAAGAUCUUAACACUUUUCAUUAGUUAAAUAUUAGUUAAAAAAAACUCACAGACUGACAUAAAGGACAGGGACAGUAACAGUGACGAUAUACUUUAUACUUUAUACUAUAUUUUGACCACCUGGAUAUUUCUUUGUCAUGGUCACUGAAGAAUUUAUCAAACAGUUAUUUUGACAAUUUCCUAAAAGAAAUAUUUAAGAUACAGCCAUUUAGAAUCACAUUAUUUAUAUGUAGUUACGCAGUACAUGUGAUGUAGUGUGUAAAGCAUUUGUUAUCGAAGUUGCACAAAAUGUCAAAGAACAGCUAAAACCUUCUCCUGACUUUUCUCACCACUCCAUACAUGAGCAUGGCAUGGCUGUUUGUAUCAUACGCAAAUAAAAUAAAGACAACAGAUCCAUGUGGGUUAGGCUGCCGUGGCAGCACACCAUCAGGGCACACAGUUGAGAGUCAGCUCAUUGAGUGCUGACUAUUUCAAAAAAACAUAACACAUCCAACACAAAAGAAGUUGAAGGAACCUUGGUAGCCUACAAACAUUAAGGUGACAAACCAACCCAGUGAUGCAAAACAUUUUCUUACUACAGGCUAACUUAGAGCUGGUAGUUUCUCCAUGCAGGUAAUUAUCCUAUCAAUACAAACUCACCAUUUUGAUGGGCUAAUUGCCAUAAAGUUUACCAACAACUUCACAACUCUCCCAGAAGUCACAGCCUUUAACAGUGUUGUUGUUGGUUUCCAUUAGUGAGAGGACACUGGUCAAACCCAGAGUUGUACAGAAGAGCUGCAUAUUUUUGCCAGUUUGGUUUUCCAAAGCUAUUGAGAAGACAUGUACAGUAAUGCUAGACUUUAGAUAGAUACCUUCUGUUUUUUGUUUUGCUUUUAUCACAAUGUAACUUAUGCAGCUGAUUGCCAAUAAAGGGAGUCAUCAGUCCUUGUUUUGUAGCAAAGAUACUUCUUGAUACUACUGUGGUGGAUUAAAUACAAAAAGGCUAUGUUUUUUCUGUCUGCUGAUGAUUUGCCUUAGUGUUCUCUGGUACUCUCCAACUGGAUACUCACUGUAAACUGAAGUAUGUACAGAUUGUAUUUUUUUCUCUUGUUGUUCUUUUGGCUGUGGUCUCGGAAAAUGACAUGCUAAUAUCCCGAAUCCUUGUAUAUGUGUAAUUUGGAUUACAAAUUAAAACGUUUUUGCAUGUUUUUAUCUUUUA